AUGGCUGUUCCGUCAUCGUACGACGAAGUCAAAGCUCACCUGCAGCAUGUCCUGGAUGAUCCUUCAACUCCUUUGGACAUUUCUCUCAUCGACAAGCUAAAACUGGAGCUUACGGAGACUACAGAUCGUAGGGUUCCUGGCACCCUUCUGACACUAAUCUCACAGCUCCUUCCGGUCCUUCAGGAAGAUCCCACGCCGAUUACAACUCUUGGUAUCAAGGCUACAACCUACUUCUCCUUCACGGAUAUCCGCUCCGUCGAGCCUCCUAUUGACUUUAUCGCGGGUUUCAAAGCACCGUCGCCGCCUGUCAACCUGCUGGCUCUAGCUCUCCUGAGAAAGGCUGGAAGAGUUCCCAGUGAUGCUGCGAUAGUUGCUGGUGAUCCUGAAUUGGUAGCCUCGCUCGUCGAACUCUGGCUUACGACUACUUCGACAGCCGUCGCUCAGGCUGCUUUUGACGCUCUCUGGGCUCUACUGGAGAUUGAUUUAGCCAGUCCGCUGGAAAACGAAACACAUACCCAUGAGGCUGAAGUUAGCACGGGAGGUCAAGGUCUAUUCUGGAGACGAGUCUUCACUGACAAGAAUGUCUAUGGGCGCCUCUUCUCCAUGUGCAGUCUCACGAACAAUGAAUCAGGCGCCCGCCCGCAGCGGGAGAGGACUGUCUCCCAGGGAAGGCUUAUGGGUUUCAUUGUCAAGGCAGGCCACCUACGAUGGGACUUAAUUUCAAGUUCUCAGGUCCCGGAGAUUGAAGCUAAGUACGAUGCCUCUAGCAUUCUGCAUUUUGCAGCUUGUCGGAUGGUCGACAAGAGCGAUUUCUUGAUGCACAUGACCUUACUGAACUUCUUCCGGGACCUGCUUGACAUUGAAGCUCCUGGUCUGAGAGCCAGAGUCUAUGUGCAGUCUGCGUCGACUUUCUCCUCACCGGCCCUUGAUUUUCUGAUCGCUCAUGGUCUACAUGGCAGCGUAUUGGAGUUAUACCUGGAUGAGACCAAAUUGGAUACUGUGGAUUUGCAAUACAUGCGUGGCCCCAUCAUGGCUUACAUUGCACAGUAUGCGGAGCUAUAUCCAAAUCACUUGCUGCAGAAUCCAAGUAGCCUGCUGGACAAGAUCAUCUCACGGAUCUCCCAGUCGCUCGCUAUCUCGUCCUCUCAAUGGGCGCAUGGGCAAGCCCCCGCUGGUCAACUUGUCAUCCUUUCCUCCUUACCCCGUGUGUUACUCGUCGAGGCCUCUAAGCACGGCGCCAAUCCUCUUUUGGCUGUUCCGACAAGUCCCCCCUGCCGAGAGGCAUUGGACGCUCUGGCCAAAAUACUCCACGGGCCACAAAAGCUCGACUUGAGCGAUUCGAUGGAGCUCAAUACUUCCGGUCAGACGCCCACUGACUGGCAUAAAGAAGCCGCAGCGGCCCGUGUCCUCUACUUCAUGUAUCUGAACGAGCACCCGAACUUCUGGACAGAUAUCGUAGCUGCAGCUGACAUCUUGGCGAUGAAGGAUGUUUCUUUAGCAGCUAUAUCUUUCAUGAAGGCUGUUAUCACAGCUAACUGGCAAGUGCUGUCGGGAGAGGUCAUAUCACCCGUUCCUGAUACUUCCCGGUAUCAGCUGCCUUCAGAAGAGGCACUAGGCACCUUAUCUCCAGCUACACAAGGAUUGCUUCCUUCCUCGGGCGUCUGGGCUAUCCUCACACCGCCGGCCUUAACCAUACUGCUGCCUUAUUUGUUCAAGCCUCCGCGCUCCUAUGCGGAGUUUGUUGCAGGUGGAGCAGGAGACACUCAGAACAUUGUGUGGAAAGUUGCCACCGCGAAAUACGAGGUCCUUGUUGCCUUGUAUAACCAUUUGAAGGAGACGGGCGGCCAAGUAACAGGUUUCGAGGAUAUUGUCCGUACGUUAAGACAACGGGUCAGCGAAGGUCCUUGGGGACCUGUCGCGCAAAAUACCGCUCGCGUUGAGACUGUAGGGUUGUGA